AGGAAGGUAGAGCAGAUGAAAGGGAAAUAUGCAGCGCAGGUCAACAGGAGCAGCAGCGUUUGAGCUGGAGCUCAGCAGAAGGCAACAGGUCUGAAAUGAAGGCCAGGCCUUACAGAGAAAUCCAACUUAAAGAAAAAAGACAUUAUCAUGUCCUUAAACUACAUCAAGAACUUCUAUGAGGGAUGUCUCCGGCCUCCGACUGUGAUUGGUCAGUUCCACACCCUGUUUUUCGGCUCCGUGCGCAUGUUCUUCCUGGGCGUUCUGGGAUUUGCGGUUUAUGGGAAUGAGGCCCUUCAUUUCAGCUGUGACCCCGACAGGAGGGAGCUCAACCUCUUCUGUUACAAUCAGUUCAGACCUAUAACGCCGCAGGUAUUUUGGGCCCUGCAGCUAGUGACGGUUCUUGUUCCAGGGGCCAUAUUCCAUCUGUAUGCGGCAUAUAAAAACAUAGACCAAGAGGAUAUUCUGGAACAACCAACAUACACAGUAUUCUACAUCAUUUCUGUACUGCUACGGAUCGUCCUGGAGGUGGCUGCAUUCUGGCUCCAGAGUCGUCUCUUUGGAUUCCUGGUUCAUUCGCUGUACUUCUGUGAUGCCAGUUCACUGGAGAAGAUAUUCAACUUCACUAAGUGUAUGGUACCUGAGCACUUUGAAAAGACCAUCUUCCUCAGUGCAAUGUACAUUUUCACUAUUAUCACCAUGAUUUUGUGUAUGGCUGAGAUUUUUGAAAUCCUCUGCAGAAGGCUGGGCUAUUUAACACAACAAUGACAAUCAUCAACUUGAAAACACAAAAGAAUGCAAAUGUAAAAAUAUGUGCAAAUGUAAACAAAUGUGUACAUUUUUCAUAUAAUCAAACUGCAUGAUUGCAUGCCUUACAUUCAGGUGUUUUGACUAUUUUCUAUCUUAUUGUGAAUGAAACACAGUUUCAUGAGAGGCUGAAAUAAGUGUUUGUAAAUAUUUUGCACAAUAAUAAUCUACUGUUCAUUUUACUUAUUCUCUAAAAUAAUCAAUGACUUGCCUUGUAAUGCUUUUGUCAUGAAACA